GACCAGAUGGUCGGACGCGAGCUGUUCAGCUCAGGACGAAAAAUGGCGAGAUAGAAAGACCCGUUCAGCAUCUCUAUCCCCUAGAACUCCAGUGCGACACAAAAGGGAACGCGAACGAACCGAAAAGAGCUGCCGCAGCAGAUGCACGAGCAAAAAUAACCGCCAUAGCAGAAGAUCAAGAAGAAGAUAUGUGA